AUGGGAGAUACUAUGGGUCACAAGCAUCAGUUGCAGAAGUCGGUUCCUGUCAAGAACCACAAUCACCUCGGCAGCGGUGGAUUACGUCGACCCGGUGCACCUCCUCUCAGAGAUUUGAACUAUAAUACAAGGCAAAUGCAGCAAAACAAUUGGCAAAUGAGUAAAGGAGAGGACCGAAUGCCAGCAUUUCCCUUGGGCCGUGCAUCUUCUGGCACUGGAGUAUAUUUUCCCAGAAUCGCUUCGCAUCCGCCAACCAAAAAGACAGAAAUUCGUGAAGAUGAUUCGAAGAAGAAGGAGAAGAAGAGCGAAACGGUGGAAACUCCCUUUGAUUCGCUGGAGAAACUUCUCCCGGAGGAAUGGACUUAUUAA